AUGGACAAUAUGAUAACUAAUGCCCUUGGGUUUAAUACGCCGAUUUAUGUGCCAAAUGAUGUCGACGACCCUGCUGAUGAUGAAUAUGACGCUGAUGUUAACGUCGAGAGACCAAAUGAGGAAGCCCAGCGAUUUUUUGAUCUUUUGAAAGAGACAAAUACACCGUUGUGUGAAGGCUCUCGAGACUCAAAGUUAACGGUGUGUAUUAGACUUUUGGGUAUCAAGUCUGAAUGUCUUGUUUCAGAAUACACCAUGGACUUGAUAACGAAACUGAUGUUGGAUAUAACAAUAGACCGUCCUCUUGAUUUGCCAAAAAAUUAUUACGAAGCAAGACAAUUGGUUGCAAAGUUAGGACUCGGAGCGAAGAGAAUUGACUGUUGUGUUAACGGGUGUAUGUUGUACUAUAGCAACGAAUUUGGUGUAGAUGACGGUGCAUUACUUGAAUGUAAAUUUUGUCAAGAACCAAGAUAUCGUGUAACAAGAAAUUCACGGUCAGUCAGAAGGAAGCCAAUCCCAAGAAAGACGAUGUUCUAUUUACCCAUAAUACCAAGGUUGCAAAGGUUGUAUGCAUCGAUGCAAACUGCCAGUAAAAUGACAUGGCAUCGUGAAAACUAUGAAAGGAGAAAAAUGUCAGAUGGAUUUACACCAUAUACUCAAGUAUCAGCCACUCCAUAUUCAUGUUGGCCUGUUCUGAUUACCCCGUACAAUCUUCCUCCUGAUAUGUGCAUGUCAAAACCUUACAUGUUUUUAGCCGCUGUAAUACCAGGCCCAUCUAGUCCAACUGUUGGUAUUGAUAUCUAUUUACAACCUUUGAUUGAUGAUUUGAAGAGAUUGUGGAACGGUGUUGCGACGUAUGAUAUCAACCAAAAACGAAAUUUCAAUAUGAGAGGAGCUUUGAUGUGGACCAUUAAUGAUUUUCCUGCAUAUGGGAUGUUGUCUGGAUGGGGGACACAUGGUAAACUAGGAUGUCCUAUUUGCAUGAUGGACACCAAAGCGUUUUGGUUACACAACGGUGGGAAGGCUACUUGGUUUGACUGUCAUCGUCGGUUCUUGCCUACUGAUCAUCCGUUUAGAAGAAAUAAAAAUGCUUUUGUUCAUGGUGAGACCGAGACUCGUGAUCCACCAGAUUAUUUGACAUCCCGACAAGUCUGGAACAAAGUGAAAGAUAUUCCAAAGGUUGAGGUUGUAGGUGGUGUUGCCUCUAAACCGCGUGGUUAUGGACAAACACACAACUGGACAAAAAGAAGAAAAACGAAAGAUAAUGACAACGCGAGGAGAGACAUAGGGUUGUAUUGCAAACGUAACGAACUGUUGUUGGUGGAGACAUCUAACGGCAAACUUCUUAAACCUCGUGCAAACUAUACUUUAUCUCCUGACGAAGCAAAAUCUGUUUGUCGAUGGGUAAAAGAAGUGAAGAUGCCAGACGGUUAUUCGUCGAAUUUGGCGAGAUGCGCUGAUGUUGACCACGGAAGGAUGCGUGGGAUGAAAAGUCAUGAUUGUCAUGUUUUUUUCCAGACUUUACUUCCGAUUGCAUUUAGUUCUUUACCCCAACAUGUAUUGAAUCCGCUUAUUGAAAUCAGUCAAUUUUUCAAGAAUUUGUGUUCGACAACGCUAAGAGAGGCUGAUCUCAUCAAGAUGGAAAAUGACAUUCCACUGAUCUUGUGUAAGUUGGAGAGAAUAUUUCCUCCUGCCUUGUUUGAUUCUAUGGAGCAUGUUGUGGUGCAUCUUGCAUACGAGACUAGACUUGGUGGGCCGGUUCAAUAUAGAUGGAUGUACCCGUUUGAAAGGUUCAUGGGUUAUGCAAAACGUGCCGUGAAAAACAAAGCUAGGGUCGAAGGCUCAAUUUGUGCAACAUACUUACACCGCGAAACAAUUUACUUUUGUUCGCAUUACUUCAAAGACACGUUGUCAUCAAGUCAUAUUCGCAAUGAAACUGAAACAUCUCGGCCUGUGAGAAUUCACCCAUUAAACAUGUCAAUAUUCAGCUUGCCUGGUCGUAAUGGUGGUGGUGAGAAAGUGUUGUAUCCUGGUGACAAAGUUCUCUAUUCGGCGCAUGUUCACUUGCUGAUUAAUUGCAAUGAAGUCGAGCCAUAUUUACAGUGA